AUGACACAGAGGGUUGAAUUUUGAAAGAGAGAGGAGGGAUGCCAAAGCAGAGUAAAGAACCCUGCAAGAAGGAAGCUUGUGAUAUUCAAGCUUGUCUCUCCAAGAACAAUUUCCUCCCCCAAAAGUGUCGUGGAGUGAUUGAAUUGCUGCAGUCUUGCUGUGAGAAAUGCGAGUACAACUCAACACAUUGCGGUUCUGUCUCUGACCUUCUGAAGCAGAAGCCCAAAUAACAGCCUGUUGCUGUGUUUCAGUCAAAGACAGAUAAUUUUUGGUUUUGUUCUUCUCUUUUGUCUCCUUUGAGUCCAGGAUGACACUGCAGAACUGAAACCUUUGUGCAAUGAUUUGAUUCCUUAUUAUAUCUCAACAAUGGCGGCCAAGAAGCUGAUUCCAUACAAAGAUCUAACAACAAGAGGCAGAUGAGAGGUAAAAAUGGAAUUCGUUAUUCAGCAGAAUUUGAAUAUAAGAAAAUAUGCAAUAAAAUUUCUGGAAGAGCAUUUUGACAGUUAAAUUUUCAUGAUCUAAACCUUGGAGGGUAGUUUGCAAUAACAGAUGGGAAUGCUGUCCUUUCUUUUUU